GUUUGCCUGUAGAGUUUGCAACUUUCGGACUGCAUUGAAGGGUAACCUCAAGAGGCACAUGAUCCGCUUCCAUGGCAUUGAAUCUGGAUUUGAGUAAUUUCGAAAGGGGUGUAGGUCUCGGCUGGAAGUGUCCGUGGGUGCCCUUGACCAGGUCAUGGCCUCCACGGGGAUGUUGACCGGGGACUCGGGCGGGCGCCAGUGCCCCUUCUGCCCUCGCACCUUCGCCUUCCCCAGUUACCUGCAGCGGCACCUCACGUUGCACACCGGGGAGAAACCCUUUAGCUGCCAUCGCUGCAACAGUCGCUUCACGCGUCGCAACCACCUGAAGGAGCACCUCAUGAGGAAGCACGGGCAGCACCCGGUUGCCCCCACCCAUCUGCCCUCCUCCGCCGCCAUAGCCAGCGCCGCCCACCCGCCCAGUGGCGCCUCGACGUUCCGCCCGCCGAUCUCCUCGACGUCGGCGGCUUCCACGUCGCACGUAACAGACGUCCUUCACUUGGACUGAGCGCUGAAGCCACGCCAGGGCGCCGAUCCACGGAAGUUUUGAUCUUACAUUUAUGCCUUUGGUUCGUCACGCAUUUGCUUUUGAAUGGCGUCGCCAGUUGUGGUGGAAAGGGCUUCUCCGAGUGAGUUUCGUGUCACACUUGAAAUAGAAGAAAUGUGAUCAAUUAAGGAAGAGUUAAAAGAGGCCGGGUUGAUAAUCCUGCACUCAACCGAGACCCCAAAUUGCCUUGUGUAAUAGGACUACGUGCGUGGUACUAGCGCAGUACUUGUUGAAGAAAUUUUAACGAAUAUGAUUUUAUAGUGAUGUCAAAAGUAAAGUUUAUUUUUGUUUACAUAUAUUAAAAGUUUAUUUCUCUUGAAUUUUAUAAUAGUUCAUAAAUAAUAAAAGUAA